CACGCCUUCAUCUUCACCCUUCAGCAGGUCUUUGUUGCUGAACAGACACCUUCAGGUCCACUCUCUGCCAAGAAACAUAAUAUAGGAACAACCUCCCAGCAGAAUGUCCCAACAUCAAAGCCAGGAGGAUGACUCACCUCCAAUCCCACUCAGAAGAGAGCUUGAUCUGGAAACUGCUGAAUUGAUCAGAAAUGCUCUUACUUCUUUAGGAGGCUAUACUGUACAUAUCACGAAUGAGGUGCGAACAUCAACCAGGAUCAUGCGUGAAAACAAUGCACGAUUGACAAUGAUACAAUACUUCACAAUUGCACUAUUGCUGUUUGUAAUUGCUUUUGAUUUGCAUAAAUUUAUGGCAAUUCCUUAACAAUGCACUAUUUGCAGGAUUUUAUGGUUUACUGGUUAAUCUGAUCUUUCCAUUUUGCCAUCUUCUAUAACAUCUAUACAUUGAAUUCUUGGUGAUUAUAUCUUCUUGUCCCUUGUUCCACCAAAAUCUAAAACAGAACAUGGACAACCCAAAAACAUUCCCUUUUGUGGCCGAUGACUUACUUGGGUCACUGGUAAGAAGUUAUGUGCUUGAGUUCAAUUAUUUAACUCAAAAUCUAAUAUUAAUAUAUAUAUACUUUUUUU